AUGACAGACUACCACUACCCUCAGUCGCCCACCAUGUCACAAGACAGACAUAUGGGCUCGCUGGCCGCGGCCCUCAGAAUGAAGUUGGAGGACUUACCACAGCUCAACAUGGCCAACCUCAACGCACACCAGCAUAAACGCGCAUCACUCGAAGUGCCGAACUCAGCAUCAUCAUCAUACUCGGCCUAUUCCUUCAGCUCGAGAGCCUCAGAGGACACCGAUGUCACAGACCUCACCGUAACGCCAACAGCACGGUCACGGUCCAGCACAUUUGCAAGCACAUUCGACGACUCAGAGCAACUACCCUCACCUAUGCCGCACUCAGAGCCUUGCAAGCCGCCCUUGAAAGUUGUCCUCGGCACUGCAUCAGUCGGCUCGCACUUGUCCCCUCUGGCAAAGAUCACGACGGUGGAAGAUGCCUCGAAGUUCGUGAGUUUGUUCCGGUCAAGAGGAUACUACGACAUCGAUACUGCACGAGCUUACCCCGUUGGGCGAGGCGGCACUUGUGAGAAACUAUUGGGCGAGGAUGAACUGAGACUGUCAAAGUGGGCAAACGUCUCAACCAAAGUUUCGAGUUUCAUGCCUGGGUCACAUCGGGCAAAGAACAUUGCCAUGAGCAUUGACCGGUCACUGGAUGCGCUGAACACCGACACCGUCGACAUCAUGUACCUCCACGCGCCCGACCGGGCCACUCCGUUCAAGGAGACUUGUGAGGCCAUGAACAAAGCAUACCUUGAAGGCAAGUUCGAACGGUUUGGUCUCUCCAACUACUCAGUAGAGGAGGUCGAAGAGAUCGUCCGCAUCUGCGAGGAGAACGGCUGGGUCAAGCCGUCGGUCUACCAAGGCCAGUACAAUCCCAUCUGCCGAGGCGGCGAGGAGAGACUGUUUGAAGUGCUUCGGGAACACAACAUCGCCUUCUAUGCCUACAGCCCUUCAGCCUGCGGGUUCUUCUCGAACAAGGUCUCACGAGCGUCCACCAAAGACAAGAACAGCCGGUGGAACAUCGCAUCACCGCUUGGAGCCAAGUAUGCUGGCGACUACUUCCAUGACCCCCUCUUCGCCGCCGCCGAGGUCGUUCGUCAACAAGCUCGAAAGUACGGCAUCUCUGGGCACGCCGCUGCUCUACGAUGGACGACCUGGCAUUCCCAGUUGGGCGCCGAAUAUGGCGACGCUGUCAUCAUCGGUGCUUCCAAGCUCUCGCAACUGAAAGAAAACAUGGACAUCCUAGAACAAGGGCCUCUUCCCGAGCCCCUCGUGGAGACCCUGAACGGGGUCUGGGAAGAUGUCCGGGCUCUCGAGAAGGGUCCCCGCUUUUCCUUUGUCUAA